AUGAGUGAACAAGCAGAAAAAAGCAGUUCCGUGCGAGAGAGACCUGCACGUCCAAGGUCUCCUGAGAAACCAAGUGAGAUGCAACUGAAGCAGAUGAAACGGGUGGAGCGGCAGUUAAAACGGUUGUCAUUUCAAAAUCCCGGGCCUCAGGUAGCCAACUUUAACCCUAAAUUAAGGCAGCUGAUGAAGGAAGAGCAAAUGGCAAGGAAGAAUGAGUUUGUUCCUGUAAAACGCAAAGUCAACAAGUAUGACCGAAAGGGCAGGCUCACCUUCAAUCAGGCUGACCUGUGUGACUGCCUUGAUGAAGACUGCCUGGGUUGCUUCUACCCGUGCCCCAGGUGUAACUCCACCAAGUGCGGGCCCACUUGCCGCUGCAACCGCCGCUGGGUCUACCACACCAUAGUCGACGAGAAUGGGGAGGUCAUCAGCAAGAUGCCAUUCGACCUCUCCGACUAG